UUCUUUCUGCGUACAAUUCUUCUCCUUCUGCACUUCUAUCUGUAUUAUUCAAUUUCGUAUCUCUACAAAACCUAUACAUACACCUCAUCUGUAUCUAUCUUUUCUACAAAGACAAGAACUCUAUAUAUACAUAAUCAACAGAAGAAGCCAGGGAGCUUGUGCGCCAAACAACAAAAUAAUAUUUUUUUAUUGUUCAUAAUCGUAUUUUGAUCGGAAUAAUAAUAAAUCAAGGGUUGAGAUUAUGCCAUCAGGUGGCGCCGCCGGUAACUCCAGCCCACGUGCCGGAGCCACCGCUCACCGCCGCCGCGAGAAGCCGACCUCCGAGCCCUCCCCCGGAAACCUCGCCAGCACGUACGAGGAUGACGUCAGCGGGAAUUUCAUAGCCCGGCAUUUCGGGCACCCGAGAUUCGCCGGCGGGAGCGUGCCGGUGCCGGAGAAAGUGAUGCUUUUGGUAGAGGAUGUAAUGCUAGGGUUUGGGAAGCUGGGGAGUACACUGAAAUCGAGGAAGAACAUGGGCCGGAGGAUCUUGGGCUUUUUGAUCAUCAUGGUUGUGUUGUCCAUGUUUAUGAAAUUCUCGUACCUGGUCGGAAAUCAUUAUAAUUUGGAGAUGAUUAAUGGUAAGCACAGGAGGUUAAAUGGGUUGUUUAUUCUUAAUACUUGGUCUAAACCUCAACAUCAGAGUUUACUUAUGUUGGCUGCUGAAAGAGAUGAAGAGGAGCUUAAUUCUAUGCCUAAACGUGUCUUGGAGAAAUACCCUGUUCCAGAAAUAUGGAAGAAGCCAUCCAGUGAGGACUAUUAUCAGUGCAUUGGUCGACCAGAACCCCGAAUAAGAUCAUCUACAAAUGGUUAUCUUCUAAUUCAUGCGAAUGGUGGACUGAAUCAAAUGAGAACAGGAAUAUGUGAUAUGGUUGCUAUUGCAAAGUUGAUGAAUACAACUCUUGUUCUCCCUUCUCUUGAUCACGAGUCCUUUUGGUCAGACCCUAGUGAAUUUAAAGAUAUAUUCGAUUGGAAUCACUUUGUUGAAGUUCUCAAAGACGAUAUUGACCUAGUUGAGUCGUUGCCACCACAAUAUGCAGCAUUGACACCUUUCCAAAAAGCUCCUGUAUCCUGGUCCAAGGCAACUUAUUACAGAGGGGAGAUGGCUUCAUUGUUGAAAGAGCAUAAAGUGAUUCAGUUUACCCAUACUGACGGGCGACUUGCCAACAAUGGCCUUCCAGGCUCUUUACAGCGGCUUAGAUGUCGUGCCAAUUAUGAGGCUACUCGUUACACAGAAGAAAUUGAGAAUCUUGGAAAGAAAUUCGUUGAUAGACUUAGAAAUGAAGGCGAGCCUUAUAUUGCCCUUCAUCUGAGAUAUGAAAAGGACAUGCUUGCCUUCACAGGUUGCAGUCACAAUCAUACAGCAGCCGAGGCAGAGGAACUUCGAAUCAUGAGGUAUAAUGUUGUGCACUGGAAAGAGAAAGAGAUAGACAGCACCAUUAAAAGACUAGAAGGGGGAUGCCCUAUGUCCCCAAGAGAAGCUGCUUUGUUUCUCAAGGCUAUGGGUUAUCCAGCCUCCACAACCGUAUACAUAGUUGCAGGUGAAAUUUAUGGCAACGGCAGCAUGGAUGCUUUCAAAUCAGAAUUUCCGAAUGUUUUCACACACAACACUCUAGCCACAAAGGAAGAACUGGAGCCCUUUAGGCAGUAUCAGAAUCGCCUAGCAGCUUUGGAUUACAUUGUUGCCCUUGAAAGUGAUGUCUUUGUUUACACAUAUGAUGGAAAUAUGGCAAAAGCAGUGCAAGGGCACAGGAGGUUUGAAGGAUUCCGAAAGACGAUUAACCCCGACAGAUUAAACUUUGUUAAACUGAUAGAUGAAUUGGAUGCUGCUAUGUUAAGUUGGGAAGAAUUUUCUUCAGAGGUGAAAAGCUUACAUGCCGACAGGCUUGGAUCACCAUACCUUAGAAAGGUCGGUGAAACACCAAAAGAAGAGGAAAAUUUCUAUGCAAACCCCUUACCUGGUUGUGUUUGUAGUAGAUCUCAGGCGAAACUUAGUAGGAAACGGCUAGAGCAGAGACGUAGGAAAAGGGCUGGUUCAAGAAGAUAGGGUUUUGCAUUUUAUUGGGGAUGCAUGGCUUUUAGAGUAGUUGUAAUAGCCAUAGCCCCGAAGCGGCAUGUAAAGUUACCUCUACUUUCAGCUCAUUUCAGAGCUCCUAGCAGACACCAGAGAACGCAGAGAGGCAACCAAGUUAUCUGAUGUUACAAACAGAUCAGAUUUCAUAGUUAUGUACAGAAGGAAUCAGAGGAUACAUGCAUGAUACCGAACAGAAGAUAUCGUUGAAUUAUCUAUAGGAUCGCAUAACAGAGUGAUAGAUUUUAUGGUUCAGAGAACAUUAUCAGCAAUGGUAAAUGGUAAUAGCAUAUACCGUUAUUUCGUUUUUUCA